CGGCCUGCCAUAAGACAGUUGAGCAAUGUGCACUUGUUGUACACGACUUUGUUGUCAUUUGUGUAGAAAACCAUCGAUUUCUAAACUGAAAUUUCAAUCUUAUGCGUAGACCUGGACAAGACACAAACACAUAAGGAUGGAAGCAGCACAACGGCCAGAAGGAGGAACAGUGGGAAUGAUACAAUCAGCAGGAAUGAUACAAUCAGCCUCAUUCAGAAAAAGAUGGAGCUUGACGGGCAACUCCGAAGGGAAGAAAUAGAGAGGAAAAGGGAGGAAGAAGAAAGAAGAAGGGCAGAAGAUAGAGAAAGAGAUAGGAGCAUGGGAGAAUAAUUUAAUCACCCAAAUUGAAGAAAUAAAAGUGAAUGUACAAGAAAUAAUUGAAAGGCAGACCAAUAUGAUGGCUCUUUUCCAGGCAUUCACCGAUAAAAGCAAUGAACAUUUACAGAUGCUUACUAGCGGCAGUUUCCCAAUAACAAACAUGGAAGAGGUCCUCGAACUAGAGGAUAAAUUAACAUCUAAUGAGGCACAAGAUAUUCUGACGAACGAACUUACAGAAUAUACCAAGGAUAAACGCAAAAUAUUGGUAAACUUCUUUGAGACAUGUGCCAAGAAGCAUUGUAAACGAUACACAUUGGGGAAGAAACAUACUAAGAAACUAAAUAAAAUCCAGGACAAAUUGCACUGGCUGAUAAAGGAAGGUAACUAUUAUAGUAACAGUGGAACGAGGAGAUUUUACCAGGCAAUACACCACAGACAACAAAUAAGAUUUGAAGAGAUUAGAGACGAAACAGAUAGAAUCAUACAGGACUAUGAGCAGCUAUUAUUCGGAUUCCAAAACAAGCUUGGAAAGUACAAGUGCGAAAAAAGGAGAGAAGCAGAGGAAACAGCAAGAGAGGAAAAAAAAAGCCUAAACUACCAAAACUGCAACUAAGCGAAAGUGAGGAGGAGGGACAGUGUAGUGGAAGCAGCGUAGAGGUGGUGUGGGGAGGACAAACUCCUAAAAGCAGGAAAUUGAGUAAGAAAAGAGCAAAGGAGAUAUUACUAGAAGCUAAACCGGUGCAUUGGUGUGGACUCUGUCAGAACGAGGAUCCAAGGCACCAGAUAGACAUUGAACUCGCACUGAUAGAUUGGAACGAGUUGAUACAUUCCGACCCAGUGAGAGACAACGUGGACAAUAAAAGAACGAAAACGAGAAAUAAAAUAAGCGAGGUAAACAGGGAACUGAAAUUUGGUUGCUUGGCGGACAUUCUAAGAUACUAUUUACUUGAUUGGUAUUUUACGCCGUUUGCAAUAAGAAACUAAAAGAAAAUGGCUGAAGACAAAGGGACAAAUGAUGCCGUAUUGCAGGAGGAGAAUCAUGGCUGGAGACGAUUCAGACUGUGGAGGUUGUAUUAUAUUCACAAUCAGUUUCUGGUUAGUAUUAACAUUUGUGUCAGUAAUAUUUGCUACGGCAGUUUGCACGUUCUAUACUCACGAGCAAACAGAAUUGAACGGACAGGAAAUAGUACACAUAAGAGGUAUACUAGAAAAAGUACUUGAAAAUGCAAUCAACAAAACAAACGGAUAUGGAUUCAAGCAGCUCGGAUGAUGUGGCAGAAGUGCCAACAAUUAACAUUCAAACGGAUGAAAAAGAAUAAGAAGACAUCAUGGAUACGAUGGCUGCAGUUGCAAGCAUUGAAAAGAUAACAAAACAAGAACAGAAAGAUUUGGAAGAAUGCGAAAAAGAACUCGACGAAGAUUUCGCAAACUUCAUACAAGAAAAAGAGGACAUUCAAAAAGAUAAACUACUGUUGAAAGACACACUACUCAAGUUUGAUGAGUAUAUCAGCUUGACUCAUGACAAAGAGAAACGAUUGGAAGACAAGAUAGCAGAGAUGGAAGAAACAUUGGAUACCAAAACUGAACAGAUACGAGUGUUUCGAAUGCAAGUCAGUGUGCUAGAGAACGAAGCAGAAAGAACAAUAAUCGAACAUCGAGCCAAAGUAAGUGUGUUAAAACUAGACUACAAUAGGGUAGUUACGAUUAGCCAGCAGCUUAGAAAUAUGCUAAAAUAUGCAGCUAACACGGCCGAAUACCAUGACAAAAACUUGUUGUUGAGCAAUAUUGAACACAACAUACAAGAGGCUCACGAUGUAGUAAGAGAGGCUACAAGAAGCAGAAAUUCAUACAAGAGAAAGUAUGAAAACCUGCUAGAAGCUCAUGAAGAUCAAAGGAUCUUAUACGACUUGCAAAAUGAUACAAAAGAACAUUUGCGACAACUGGAAACUAGGGAACAAGACAGCGACAGCCUAGAAAGACGAUCAAAGUUUAUGUUGGCUAGGAUAAUCGCAUAUGAAGACAGAGUCUACGGCGCUGAAGCUAGGUGCCACAGCCAGAUAGCAGAGAACGAAAAACUUAACCGGGCUAUGCACAAUGACAGAUCUAAACCGAUACAUGAGCCUCAGGAGCACUGCAUAAUCUGCGAAAAAUACCGACAGCACCGUACCAGAAUUGUGAACACAAGAAGAAUGGAAGAUGCCAAGAAGGCUAAGAUUGAACAUAACAAGAGAGUUGAACUCUCUAAUGAUAACGACAUCAGAAUUAAUCUGAAUGAUCAAUUUAAUAACGAAUAAACAUGUUAAAAAAAAAAAAAGUUGAAAAUAAUGUUAAUGAUGUUAAUUAUGUUAAUGUUGAGUUAUUAUCAUGUUAAUGUUGAGUUAUUAUUAUGUUGAAAAAUUAAAUAAAA